GCAGCCGAUCUCAAAAUACGCAGCCGGAUUGUGAAGGCACGGCGUGUCUUCCAGGAGCUGGACGCAGAUGGCUCUGGAUCCAUCUCGGUGGAGGAGAUUCGCGAGCACGCGUCGACGCCGGCCGUUCUUGAGUUUUUCGAAUCGGUCGAUGUGCACCCCGAGGAAGCGCAGCACCUCAUCGAGGUCCUGGAUAUGAAGGACGACGGCAACAUCGGCUUUGAAGACUUCCUGGAGAUCGCCGUUAGGCUCAAUGGCAUGCCGAAGGCCUCCGACCUGUUAAUGUUGUACCACGAAGUAAAGCGGUUCCACGUGCACUCUGCUGCAGAGAUGAACCGCAUCAAAAUCGCCCUGGGUUUGGAGCCAGGACCCCCGGCCCUCAGCAGUGACGGCAGCAUCACAUGA